AUGGAAGUAAAGCGUAAUAUGAAUAUCAAACACCCCUCUGGGAAACAAAGAACAUUAAUAGAGAACAUUGCACUUUGUGAGAAAAUUAUGGCUCAGAUGAUGUUAAAAGAGAAGCAAGCUUCCUCCGGCUACACUAAUUUGGCACAGAGAGGAGGCUUGCAUAGGCUUUCGGUGGGCAGCAAAUCACAUCAGAACGUAAAUUCUAAUUGCUUACAGUCUGUGGACCAAAAAAAACAUGACACAGAGAGUAAAAAUUUAUCACAAAAAAAGACAUCUCGUCAGUGUCUUUCUGAAAGGUCUCUGCCAAAAAGCUUUUCGAACGCAAAGAAACGAAGUGCACAAGAAAAUAUAUCUUUGUUACUAUCUCACAUCUUGACAGAUGGCAGUUAUAACUCAGAAGGUCAAGAUGAGCCUGUUCACCUUCAUAUAUCCACUGAGGUUCCAGAGCAACCAUUAAUUCAUAAACAUAACAUUCCAAUUAAUUUAAAUUCUGAGCAGAAUGAUGAGCCAAUUCAACAAGAACCGGCAAGUAGGUUCUUGGACUGUGCAGUUCAAACUGUAAAAGAACCAAGCAAUCCGCUUUUGAAACUUUCUAAGUCAGUCCAGUUUACAACUGACGAACCGACUACUAAUUCAAUUGGAAUCGAUUGUAAUAUCUUGAGUUUAAGUUCAAGCAGAGAUGACAUUUCAUCUCUUCUUGACGAAAAAAACAACUUAUCACUCAGCAAAAACAACAGAUUGAAAACUUGCAGCAGGCAUUGUCAUCCGAGCAAUAUCAAAUCCGAACUUGAUAAAGUUAGAUUAAAUUGGUUACAAAAAGAGAAUCAAUUUAAUGUGGAAAAAGAACGGUUUCAUAAAAAGUUGUCUGCUGUUCUAGCAGCUAAGGAUCAGGCUGCCAAAAACCUUGAAACAUCACGUGAAUACAUUAAACUUUUGAAAGAUCGAAUGUCUAUGUUAGAGCAGUCUCAGUCAGAUGUGAGACCAUUUUCACAAUAUCCGAAGCAUUCAUCACCAGAAAGAUGUGAAAGUUUUUCCACUGACUCAGCAUAUUCUCAAGUUCAUCUGAAGCAUAUCAGUUCACUCAGAUCAACACCAGAUCUGUCAGCUACGUUACCUACCUUAAGUAAACUUCUCCUUCUCGGUAAUGAAUAUCGAGAGUCUCACAAAUGUAUGGCAGCAGCUUCUCAAAGUCCUGCUAAAAACUGUCUCAUAAAUCAGUCAUGUCAAACAGAAUGGGAUGAUCAGCAUUAUUGGAGUGACCGACUGCAGAGUUCGAACAAUCAUGAUAAUUCAUUUGAAAGCGAUUGCUUUUCGGCCCAUUCAAUACCCGUAUCUUCAAACAAUGAGCGAAAAUCAACCACUGAACACAAAGAUACUACACAACAAUCACAUUACAAUGUUCCCCUUUUUCCAGUAUAA